ACAACUCCACCUCAUCCCCCUAAAAUUAACCCACAUACAUAUCAAUAACAAUUAUACGUAACUUUUGUAUAUAGAAUUUCCUUUGGUAAGUAUAUGUAGUGUAUCCAAACCCAAUCCAUUCAGAAUUUCCUAUUCCACCGCCACACCCCAAUUCCCACCGUUAAAAAACCACGUUACGUCCAUUCUGUUUGGUUCGUUGGUUCGUUGAUAUCCAAUUGAUAUCCAUGCGAGUCAAAGGUUAAUAACCUUAAAUGGAUACCACGUUGUUUGGUGUAGUGAGAUUCCAACAUCAACUCCAACCUCCUCAAGGUGAUCAAGAUCAAUCACUCAACAACUCCACCACCACCACCAGCUCUCCAUCCUCCAGACAACACAACUAUCCCUACCCACAAGAAGACGAAGAAUGCUUCAACUUUUUCAUGGAUGAAGAAGACCUAUCCUCGUCUUCUUCCAAGCACUACUAUCCCUAUCAACCCCACCCUUCCUCCACUACACCUACCACCACCACCACCGACCUCUCCUUCUCUCCCACCCGAGACGCCGCCUUCCCUUUCCAGCUCUCCGGCAAGUGGGCCAACGACAUCCUCCUCGAAACCGCACGUGCCGUCUCCGACAAGAACACCACGCGCCUCCAGCAACUCAUGUGGAUGCUCAACGAACUCGCCUCCCCCUACGGCGACACCGACCAGAAACUCGCCUCCUACUUCCUCCAAGCCUUCUUCAGCCGCAUCACCCAAGCCGGGGACCGAACCUAUCGAACCUUGGCCUCGGCCUCCGAGAGAACAUGCUCCUUCGAAUCCACGCGCAAGACCGUGCUGAAGUUCCAAGAGGUCAGUCCCUGGACAACCUUCGGACACGUGGCGUCCAAUGGUGCCAUCUUGGAAGCCUUGGAAGGCGAGCCCAAACUACACAUAGUUGACAUCAGCAACACCUAUUGCACCCAAUGGCCUACGCUCUUCGAAGCCCUUGCCACUCGAAACGACGACACUCCGCACCUCCGUCUCACCUCCCUCGUCACCGCCGCCUCCGCGCACAAGGUCAUGAAGGAAAUCGGCACCAGAAUGGAGAAAUUUGCCAGACUCAUGGGCGUGCCCUUUCAAUUCAACGUCGUUCAGCACUUAGGUCAACUUUCUGACUUCGAUUUCGGCGCCUUGGAUAUCAAAGAGGACGAGGCUUUGGCUAUUAACUGUGUCAAUACUUUGCAUUCGGUCUCCGCCAUCGGGAACCACCGCGAAGCAGUGAUAUCCUCGCUGAGGAGGCUGCAGCCGAGGAUCGUGACGGUGGUGGAGGAGGAGGCGGACUUGGACGUGGGAUUGGAGGGGUUGGAGUUCGUGAAGGGUUUUGAAGAGUGUUUGAGGUGGUUUAGGGUUUACUUCGAAGCGUUAGAAGAGAGCUUUCCGAAGACGAGCAACGAGCGGUUGAUGCUGGAGCGGGCGGCGGGGAGGGAGGUGGUCGACCUGGUGGCGUGUUCGGCUUCGGAUUCGGUGGAGCGACGGGAGAGGGCGGGGCGGUGGACGAGGAGGAUGCAUGGAGGUGGAUUCAAUACGGUGGCGUUUAGCGAAGAGGUGUGUGAUGACGUGAGAGCGUUGUUGAGGAGGUAUAGGGAGGGAUGGUCAAUGGCACAGUGCUCCGACGCCGGAAUAUACCUUUCGUGGAAGGACCAGCCGGUGGUGUGGGCCAGUGCAUGGAGGGCCUUGACGUAGUGUAGAGGAGAAUGACUUGACUUUGGUACUUAAGACAAUGGUAUUAAUCGGAGGGUAUGAGGAUGAUUGCAGCAAGGGGAUUUGCCUGUAUUAUUCAAAAAGGAAUCAUCAGACUAAAUUUAUUUCAUCA